GAAAGGGACCCGGGGCCCUGGGGCCGCCGCAGACAGGACAAGGACUCUGGAGGGACAGAGGGACGGCGCCCCCUGCCAGCCAUGGCCCGGCUGUUCUCUGCGACCUGCCUCCUUCCGCUGCUGCUCUCGGGCCUUGUCCGGGGGCAGGACUCCAAGGUGGACUGCCAUGACGGGGUGACCGGGUCCAUCUACGACUACGGGGCCCUGGCCAUCGACGGCCAGGAGUACAUCCCCUUCAAGAACUACGCGGGCAAGCACGUUCUCUUCGUCAACGUGGCCAGCUACUGAGGCCUGACGGGCCAGUACGUCGAGCUGAAUGCACUGCAGGAGGAGCUGGAGCCCUCGGGCCUGGUCAUCCUGGGCUUCCCCUCCAACCAAUUCGGAAAGCAGGAGCCGGGGGAGAACUCGGAGAUCCUGGCCACCCUCAAGCACGUCCGGCCUGGCGGCGGCUUUGUCCCCAAGUUCCAGCUCUUUGAGAAGGGGGACGUGAACGGGGACAAGGAGCAGAAGGUGUUCACCUUCCUCAAGAACGCCUGCCCGCCCACCUCGGAGCUGCUGGGCCAGCCCGCCCGCCUCUUCUGGGAGCCCAUGAAGGUCCACGACAUCCGCUGGAACUUCGAGAAGUUCCUGGUGGGGCCCACCGGCGUGCCCGUCAUGCGCUGGCACCACCGCACCCCGGUCAGCACCGUCAAGGCGGACGUGCUGGCCUACAUGAAGCGGCUGGAGGCCCCGGGCGCCAGGAAGUAGCGGUCCGAGGCCGCUCAGGGAGGACCCCUUCUCUUCUCCGGCUGCCACUGCCCAACCCGCCUGUUCCCCACCCAGCCGUGACCCCCAGAGCAGCCAGGGUGACAGCCGCGCGGGAAGGCCAGGUCCCGGGGCGCAUCUCCAUGACGGCGGGGCCCGAAGCCUCCGGGCGGGCCUCCCCCGAGCCCGUCUGCCGCCGGCCCUUGUGCAUUCAGGCCGAGCCACAGGCGGUCGAUGCCGCCCCAGAACCCGCCUUUCCCGCGGCCCCUGGCCUGCUCCCACCCCCCACCCCCAGUAAAGGCCUUUGCAGCA